AUUUUCAUUUGUUUAUCUUACUGGCAUGAUGAGAGAACCUAAUGAAGAAAUGCGAUACAUUUUAAAAUUUUACUAGAAAAAGUUAAAUAGAAACGCAAGCCGCGAAAAUUUUUUUUUACUUUUUAUGGAUCCAGUACAGAGUCUGUGAGAGUAGCGCAAAUUUAGUUUAGGAGUUUUCAAUCCGGAAUUUUUGAUGUCAAAGAUGCACGUCGCUCUGGUACGAAAUUACGAAUUAAAUGAAUGCCAUUUUUGAAAAAGUGGAAUUAGACCAGCAUUUCAAUAGUUACGACGUAGCUGAAGAACUGGGAAUUGACCACAAAACAGUUUUGGCGCAUUUGAAAAUUUUUCAGUACACAAAAAAGCUCGACAUUUGGGUGCCUCACGAGCUCACUGAAAGAAACCUAAUAAACCGUGUACUCAUUUGUAAUUCUUUAUUACGACGUAAUGAAACCGAACCAAUUUUGAAGAAGCUGAUAACUGGCGAUGAAAUGUGGAUCACGUACGACAACAUCGUUUUUUUUUUAUAGAUAGGUUCGACAAAUUACUCUGCCCCACCUGAUGUUAA